GAAACUUAAUACGUCUUAGACCCCUACAAGUAUCCCUGAAUCAAUUUUGAGUAUCUGAAUCAAGAUGUCCGGCCAAUCAGAAAUAAUAGAUAGAGUUCCAAAAGACGAAUCGGCUCCACAACAACCCGAAGAAGAAGUUGCAUUGAAUACCAUAUUGCCUUUAGAAGUCAUUGAUAAGUCAAUCGGACAAAAUAUCAAGAUUUUACUCACAAAUGACAAAGAGUUCCACGGUACUUUGGUUGGUUUUGAUGACUAUGUCAAUGUUGUUUUAGAAAAUGUCCAAGAAUACGAUAGUGAUGGCCCAAAGGGCAAAAUCAUCAAGAAGAUGUUAUUAAAUGGUGGUCUUGUUGCCAUGCUUGUUCCAAGCAUUAAUUAAUCAUAGAGAAUUUGGGUUUGGCUGUACUGUCUUGGUAGUUUCAUCUAACUUUGGAUUUAGACUAUUUUGGCUCCAGAUCCCGCCGUGGUUCUUUAUUCCUAUCUGCAAAAUAGCAUCAAGUAAGUGCUGCGGAUUUUCAAACUCACCCCAUUUCGACGGAAGAAUGAUCAUCCUUAUGUAUAUUAACUAUUUUAAUGUA